GUGUAAUGUUAUCUUUGAAUAGUCUCUCCCUUAACCACGUCAGUACUGAGUCGUCCUGCGAAGUUCCUUGUUCAAACAACUUUGCAGUGGUAUUCGAAGUGGGAGGCGGGGGGCUAGACUUCUAGGGGAGUGGGUGGGGCUUCUACCAUUUUGGCACUAGUAAAACCCAGAAAAAAAUCUGAGCUCACUGGUUUGAUUGGCUUGAAUUUGGGUGAACACGAGUUAUCGUCAUUUCGUUUUUUCCUUUGGUGAGUAUAUAGCUGUAGGAGCAUAGACACCACCAAGUCAGCGGGUUCAUAAAGGCGCAAACGUUGGACAUUCCUGACUCAAAGUCCUCUACCUGUUACCACCAAAGGCGAAAAAAUGGACCCAGCAAGUGUACUGAACUUUGUGAAUAAACGCGCGAGAGCCGAUUUUGUCGGCUAUGUAGACGUGGUGACUUUGGCUCCAGUUGCGACACCUGUCAUUCGAGGGAUUCGGGUCUUCAACACCUUGGUGAAUGUUCCAGUUCCCCAGUUCAGGCGAACCCUGCAGGAGGAGCUGAGCAAGCAGCUGGAACGUCUGUCACUUGAUUCACGUGAACAGUGGACCACCCGCCAGCUUCUCCUCACAGACAUCCUGCCUAGACUGGGGUAUGAAAAAGACCUCUGCGCUAUCGCGGCUGCCUUGCCUGCCUCACUUCCGGCCGUACGUCAAGAUGCUGCUGCUCGUCUGGAAGGACUGCUUCUUCUGUUUGACUACAGAGACAAGGCUAAGGUCAAAACAUUGUUGCUGUCGGUAGCACAAAUGACUAAGAGUAUCCUCCUCCAGCCGACUAAUGAUGAGCAUGACAUGCGAGUCUAUGUCAAUCUCCACAUGAUGUGUACCUCGGCAUUGCUCACCAAGAGUGACUCACCAGCAUCAGGUAGUGAGUGCAAGACCUUCAUGCUCACACCAAAAGAAAUAAAAAAGCAAGCAGGAUCCAGGCAAGAAAUGCUCAAAGCUGUACUGUCCUUCUACAACCAUUUUGAUUCUUGCAAAAAAGGACUUUCACUGACAACACUGGAAAGAACGAAGAGGCCACAAGAGUUUUCUCGGAAACAUUUUUGCGAGCAAAUGUCUUAUAUUUUUCAGCUUUUGAAUGAAGUUUCGCAAGAAGGAUGGAGCAAGCAAAGCUGGGAGCUCUUGAAGGAGCUGCACGAACUGUACCAGGCCCUACCCACUGCCGGAAAAUACCAUCUGAGUCCCGAGAACAAUGCAGUGCUCGACUUCAUGAUCCUACGAGGGCUUGUGAUUUUGCUCAACACAACAUUUGCAGCAGCAAAAGUUGAAGCAGGCAGUGUCCUCUAUGACCACGCCAAGCUAGCGGCAGAGAUAACGGUUGAGGUGGCGACAAAAUGUCUGGCACGUCCAUCUGGCAGUGUGGACGUGUCGGCGGGGGAUCUGGGCAGCUUACUCUUCCACGAAUCGCACUGCGUAAGGAAGGCCAUUAGCAGCGCUGAUAUUCUCUCCCUUUCAAGCCUGCUGCUUUUCUAUAACAAGUAUUUGAACGACAACCUGAGAAUUGCUGACCUCCACAUCUCGGACCUCGCCACGACACAAGAAAACGACAAGGGUCAAGGUGAGGGCACGGGUCAAACCUGCGGCUGGCAUAGAUUUAAAGGACGGAUGGGUGCAGGGUCCGUGGAAGGGUCCGUACUGGUUCACACUAAAGACUGCCUAGUGGAGGACUCGACAACGUGCUUGAAGAAGAUACGGCUUGGUGGUCAGAUUCGCCAUUUAGAGAUGCUGCUACAGCUUUCGCCUAGUACUCACAUCAUCCAGAUGCUAGCCUAUCAGGUCAAUCCUUUCCCAUUCUACGUCACGGAGCAGGUCAAAGGGCAGCGUUUGCUGGAUCAUCUUCUGAGCCAUCGCACUGGACAGCGCUGGCUGGACACGCCCACCCUCUGCCGUGUGUCGCUGGACAUCGUUAGUGCCCUCGAGUUCCUCGACUCCAAAAACAUCGCCAGCCGUGACAUCACCGCUUACGAUUUAGUCGUCGCGGGGCGGCGAAGGAGGGGCGGAAAAGCGGGAGAACUUAUCGAAGUUCUGGCUUCUGACGAGUUCACAAUCAGGCUGGCAAACCUAUCUCUGGCACAUCAGUACCGAUCUGCUCAGAACAGCGAAGCAAUAAUAACAGUCGCCGAGCAGGGUCCAGUGCCAGUCCUGUGGACGGCCCCAGAAGGGCUGGUGAAGGGAGAAUACAGCUGCAAGUCCAUGGUGUACUCGCUGGGUUGUGUUAUGUACGAGCUGUGGACACAUGGCUUUGAGCCCUUCAGCAGCUAUCAGAAGACCACGGUUGAAACUCUCACACAGAUGCUUACGGUUGAGGACAGUGUAACACUCGUCCACUGGCCAUGUAUUCCCCAAAAUGUGUAUGAAGUGAUCAGAAAGUGCACAUCUUUCAAUCCUUCUAGUCGACCUCUGCUCACGGACAUUAAAAACGUGCUGACGGAACUCAUCUCUAACUCAGGUAAGGCCACCCGUAGACUAUCCGUGACGACGGAAGAAGACUACCCAAGAUUCUACAGCGACCAACGACGGCGUCAACAUGUCCCUGAGCGGGGCAUCCCGAAAGAUUUGCAACCGGUCCUUGAUCGUCUUAAGGCGAAAGGUUUUGACAGCCCGAGCACUGCACGCGCAUCCGAAUGGUGCAUUGAUGACGACAGAGUAAUUAAGGUCAACGAGUCAGAACUGAUGACGCGGGAAGUCGUGCAAGAUCAUUCACAAGGAAAACGAAACAUCCGUUAGAGAGAAUCUGUCACCGAUGUUUGUGAAGGACGUUCUGAUGUCGCUGCUUGAAUGUUGCCCGCCCAAGGGGUUGCCCCUGCCCGGUGUGACAGACUGCACACAUGCUGCCACCUUUGGGAAGGACAAUACACCAGGCGAUUACUUACUGGACGAAAGAGUCUAUCCACGCUCCUGGACUCUCAAGGAAGCAGCUGCUAAAGGUUUGUUGAUUGAGGACAGCAAUUACGUCCCCAUGGGACCGCAGGGCGUCUUCGACGUGUUUGCCGCCAUUGCAAAAACUGUGCACGUGCU